ACUUGAAACACCAAAAAAAAAAAAAAAAAAAAAUGGAGAACUUUUCUUUUAUGCUUAUCACCUCUCUUUUACUCUGUUCUUUCACAGAAAUCUCCACUGCACUAGACGCCAUUUCUCAGUCCCAGUCCAUCUCCGACAACACUUCGUUGGUUUCGAAAGAUGAUUUCUUCGAACUGGGCUUCUUCAGCCCUGGAAACUCCAAGAACACAUACUUGGGAAUCUGGUACAAGAAAAUCCCGGUGAAGACUGUCGUUUGGGUGGCUAACAGGAUCAAACCAAUCAACGACUCAUCUGGGGUCUUGUCGUUUAGCGCCACAACAGGCAAUUUCCAAAUUCUGAGCCACCAAAACAAGACCGUCGUUUGGUCCACAAAUUCCACAAGAAGAGCUCAAAAUCCUGCUUUGCAGCUCUUAAACAAUGGAAAUCUUGUGUUGAGAGAUGAUUUGGAUGAAAAUAAAAACAAUUACUUGUGGCAAAGCUUUGAUUACCCUUGUGACACUUUGUUGCCGGGAAUGAAGCUCGGGUGGGACUUGAAAACAGGCCUCAACCGGCGGUUAUCGGCGUGGAAGAGCCCCGACGACCCGGCCCCGGGGAACUUGACGUGGGAAAUGAUGCUUCAUGCAUAUCCGGAGCCGGUUAUGUGGAAUGGGACGAGAGAGUUUUUGAGAAGUGGCCCUUGGAAUGGUAUUCAAUAUAGUGGUAAGCCAACAAAAGCGCUUCCUCUUUUAAAAUACAGUUUUAUGUCUAAUGAAAAUGAGGUCUACUUAGAAAUUGUUUUGGUGAAUGAGUUUGUUAUUGGGAGGAUGAUCUUGAACCAAACGAAUUUCCAUCGUCAGUCGUUGAUUUGGUCGGAGAAAGACAAGAAUUGGACGUUGUAUGCAGCGUUUCCGCGGGACCAGUGCGAUACUUAUAACCUUUGUGGUGGGAAUGGAUAUUGCAGCCUCUCCAAUUCCCCGGUUUGUCGGUGCUUGGACAAGCACUUCAGGCCUAAAUUACUCGGGAAUUGGCGAUCGGGAAACUGGUCGCAUGGCUGCGAGCGGAAAAGGGCCGAGAAGUAUUGCCAAAACAAUGAUGGAUUUGCCAAGUAUGAAGGGCUGAAAUUGCCUGAUACUACACAUACUUGGGUUGAUAACAACAUGACUUUGAAGGAAUGCAGGACCAAAUGCUUGAGCAACUGUUCUUGUACCGCUUAUGCCAAUACCGAUGUUAGAGACGGCGGUAAAGGGUGUGCAAUCUGGUUUGGUGAUCUUCUUGAUUUCAAGCAGAUUCCUGGUGGAGGGCAGGAUUUGUAUGUUCGAGUUUCGGCGUCAGAGCUUGGAGGUAAAGGUGGGAAGUGGAAGAUAGGAGUGGUAAUAGUCUCUGCCGUUGUUGUGAUUCUUGCGAUGCUUUUAGUUUACUACUUCUGUUGCAAUAAGAGGAGAAACUUCCAAGAUAACAAUGAGAAAUUAGAUAAAGGGGAUGAAGACCAAGAAGAUCUCGAGCUCCCAUUGUUCGACCUCCCAACAUUAGCUGCUGCCACUGAUAACUUUUCCCUUGACAACAAGCUUGGUGAAGGCGGUUUUGGACCUGUAUAUAGAGGUAGAUUAAUAGAUGGACGAGAAAUCGCUGUGAAGAGACUUUCGAGAAGUUCUGGACAAGGACUGAAGGAGUUAAAAAAUGAAGUGAUCUUGAUUGCUAAACUUCAGCACAGAAAUCUUGUAAGGCUUCUUGGUUGCUGCAUUGCAGGGGAAGAGAGGUUACUGAUUUAUGAAUUCAUGCCCAACAAAAGCCUGGACUUCUUUAUUUUUGAUGAAACACGCGGCAAGCUGUUGGAUUGGUCCAAGCGCUUCAACAUUAUCUGCGGGAUUGCUAGAGGUCUUCUUUAUCUUCAUCAAGAUUCGAGAUUAAGAAUCAUACACAGAGAUCUUAAGGCAAGUAAUGUUUUACUUGAUAGUGAGAUGAACCCUAAAAUCUCAGAUUUCGGUUUGGCUAGGAGUUGUGGUGGAGAUGAGACUGAAGGAAAUACAAGAAGAGUAGUUGGAACAUAUGGUUAUAUGGCACCCGAAUACGCUAUUGAAGGCCAAUUCUCAGUCAAAUCAGAUGUUUUUAGCUUUGGUAUCCUACUGCUAGAGAUAGUGAGUGGAAAGAGAAGUAAAGGCUUCUACCAUAUGAAGCACAACCUUAGCCUUAUUGGAAAUGCAUGGAGAAUGUGGAGCGAAGGAAGGCCUUUGGAGCUGAUGGACGAAUGCAUUGGGAACGAUUCGCGCACUGUCUCUGAAGUGCUCCGCUGCAUCCACAUUGGCCUUCUAUGCGUGCAACAGCGUCCCGAGGACAGGCCUACCAUGUCAUCUGUCGUUCAGAUGCUAGGCAGUGAGAGCGCCUUGCCGGAGCCUGCACAACCGGGGUUUGUCACAUCGGAGAAGAACCCACAUAAUCAGUAUUUCGCUUCAAGCGCACAAGAAUUGCCUUCGGUCAAUGAAGUAACCAUCACACUACUGCAGGCUCGAUAAGGAAAUUCUAACCAUAAAAGUUGUAUUAGUAGAAUAUGUACACAUAAUGUUGUGCUUUUUCAGUCUUAAUUUUCUAUAUCCUGGGUAUGAAAUUCCCAUGUGAACCUCUGAAUAUGUAUUUUUACUUUAAGUGGUUUGAUUUCCUAAGAAU